CCUGGCUUUCGCACUCAUCCACAAUGGCGCUCUUCUUUCUCAAAAAGGCAUGGUUAUUUCCAGCCGAGUCCAGAGCCAUAUGUCUACUUAAGUCUCACUUAUCUUGCGUCCUAGCCUUCUCCGCGCUGGAGAAGUCGCUUACAGCCUUUGCCAGAGGGGAGUAGCACGCAGAACAAGCAAGAGAGGGAUAGAGAACAGCAGCCAUGAUGGAACUCACCGCUCGCUCAGGCUUUGAAUACUACUAUUACUAUCCCUCCCUCGCGGCAGCAGUGAUAUUCAUCAUCUGUUUUCUGCUCACCACACUCUUGCACACAUUCCAGCUCAUUCGGACCAAAACAUGGUUCUUCAUCCCAUUUCUUAUUGGGGGAUACUUUGAAUGGAUAGGCUACUGCGCCCGCGCCGUAUCAUCGAAUCAAUCCCCUAACUGGACUCUGGGUCCAUUCCUCGUCCAAUCUCUACUACCCCUCGUUGCACCGGCUCUAUUUGCUGCCAGUAUCUACAUGGAGCUGGGGAGGUUGAUUGUUGUGCUGCAUGCUGAGAAGCAUAGCCUCAUCCGGGUGAAGUGGCUAACCAAAAUCUUCGUCACUGGUGACGUAUUGUCAUUCCUUCUUCAAGCUGGAGGAGCCGGUCUUAUGGGUAGUCACUCUCAAAGUGGUGCCACGAACGGUUCACAUAUCAUUGUUGUCGGUCUCGUCGUUCAGAUCCUUUUCUUCGGUUUCUUUAUCAUAUCGACGGCCAUUUUCCACCAUCGCAUGGAGCAAAGUCCGACAUCAUAUUCUUUCAAUAUAAAUUGGAGGAAGCUUAUUUGGGUGCUGUACUCGGCCAGUGUGCUCAUUCUUGUGCGGUCCAUAUAUCGUCUUAUCGAGUAUAUUCAGGGGUUCGGAGGAUAUUUGCUUUCCCACGAAGCAUACCUCUAUGUUUUUGAUGCGCUCCUCAUGUUUGCAGUCAUGCUGCUAUUUCAUGUUGUCCACCCGAGCGAGCUCAAUGCUUGGUUGAAGUCAGGCGGCCUGGUCAGCAAAGGAUUUCGCUUUGAAAGGUUACAGGGUGGAAUGAGUGACCUCACGGAUAUAUGA